AUGCCUCGUACGAUAUCUGGCACGAAUCCUAGCAAGAUGCCUGGCACUGUCCCUCGAAAGAGAAAAGCAAACGACCACGACGCUCCACCCGUGAAUCCUCCUUCCAAGAAAAUAGACACCCAAGCUAUGCCCAUGCGGCAAGCAUUCCAUCGAUGAGUCCUGCAAGGCACUUACAAAAAAAGCGGAACUCUCAAUGACUCUUAGGUAAAGAUGAUAGAUUCAGUCAUCUUGUUUAGAGUCACAGCGCUAACCUUCUCUCUAUAGGAUUAUAACAUUUGGCAGUACGGUCAAUAUUCUCGUCGGCACUGAUAGACAAAUGUUUACAUUACAUCGAGACCUCCUAAUGAUAUAUUGCCUGAAAAUCCGCGAGCCCCUGGAAGCGCAAGACCCCGAAGACAACAAACUCAUAUUACCGAAAGUUGACCCUGCCGUAUUGGCAUUCCAAGUUUCAAGGCUGUAUAGCCAAAACGGUUUCCGCAGUCCUAUCGAGGUGAAAAAACCAAAUUUGUGCGAAGAAUGGCUUCUCGCGGAUUUUCUGCAAUGCUCUACAAUAAAGAAUCGCUGUAUGGACGCCUUACGCAAGCGUGUGAGCAUUCAUUACCGUGACCAUGGAAACCAAUCUCCUAUCCCUGGCUUCGUUGAACGGGUGUAUCGGGAUUGCCCUAAGGACUCACUACUACGAAAAUUUGUUACUGACUGCAUCGUGUCCCAAAAUCCAUUUAGGAAUCACGUAGAGGGUUCCGAGAAGUACGAGGCAUGUAAGCAACUUCUUGAAAAGUAUUCCGAGCUAGGUAUGAGCAUAGCAAUGGCCAGCGGAAAGGUGUGGGACGAAGAGUUUCCGUGGGGUGAGGAACACCGGAGUGCGUAUAUGGAGAAACCCGUCGAUCUGGGUCUAGAGUGGGCGAGUAUCAUUCGGGCCAGGCAAAGUGAGGAAGAUCUUAAGAGAUUAGCAGAUAGUGGUUGCUUUCGCAGUAUGAUCGAGCUUGAACACCUCGCUCGUUUUACCGUCCUGGAAUAG